GUGGCCGCCCAGCCUGGCCCGGCGGCGCGAUGGAGGAGGCGCCGCACGAUUGCCCCGGGGCGGGCAGCGCCCAGGCGGGCAAAGGGGCCUCCUGCCAGGACUGUCCCAACCAGCGGCUCUGCGCCUCGGGGGCCGGCGCCGCCCCGGACCCCGCCAUAGAGCAAAUCAAAGAAAAAAUGAAGACAGUGAAACACAAGAUCCUGGUGCUGUCUGGAAAAGGAGGUGUUGGCAAAAGCACUUUUAGUGCUCACCUGGCACAUGGCUUAGCGGAAGAUGAAAGUAAACAGGUUGCCCUGCUAGACAUCGAUAUAUGCGGGCCCUCUAUCCCCAAGAUAAUGGGUCUGGAGGGAGAACAGGUGCACCAAAGUGGUUCUGGGUGGUCUCCAGUGUACGUGGAAGAAAACCUAGGUGUGAUGUCACUGGGCUUUUUGCUCAGCAGUCCCGAUGAUGCCGUCAUCUGGAGGGGGCCCAAAAAAAACGGAAUGAUCAAACAAUUUCUUCGUGACGUGGACUGGGGAGAAAUCGACUAUCUGAUUGUAGAUACCCCUCCGGGCACUUCAGAUGAGCACUUAUCAAUCGUGCAGUAUCUCAGCGCAGCACACAUAGAUGGAGCAGUACUAAUCACCACUCCUCAGGAAGUAUCAUUGCAGGAUGUUCGGAAAGAAAUAAACUUCUGUCACAAAGUAAAAUUGCCAGUAAUUGGUGUCGUAGAGAACAUGAGCGGUUUUAUAUGUCCCAAGUGUAAGAAAGAAUCACAGAUCUUUCCUCCAACAACUGGGGGUGCGGAGGUCAUGUGCCAGGACUUAAAUAUCUCCCUCCUGGGAAAGAUUCCUUUAGACCCACAAAUAGGGAAAAGUUGUGAUGAAGGACAAUCUUUCUUGGCAGAAGUGCCGGAGUCUCCAGCAGCAAUAUCUUAUAGAAAUAUUAUCCAGAGAAUUCAAGAUUUUUGUGGCCUUCACAGUUCACAAGAGAAGUCUCUGUAACCCAACCACCCUGAAUUAAAUGAGCAAAAUAAUAACAGUGGUACUUAAGCACUUACUCAGUGCCAGUUACUGAACUACAACCAUUUUGAUUUAAUCGGUCAGAAUGAAAACCAAACCAAAAACCAUCUUUGAGAAUUUUAAUCAAUAAUCAAGACUGAAAAAUGGAAAUUAAGCACAGAUGUAAGUUUAGCUCAACCUCAGUUUGAAUUCACUUUAUUCAAAGACUCACUAGUUUUCGUUGUUUCACUGCAAUACUUUUAUAUAAGGCACUGUCUGAUAGGUGCCAUUUUAAAAAUAAAUAUUUUCUCUUCAAAACUCUGGCUUCCGGGGCCGUGCAGUGAUGGAAAAACAAGAAGUGACCAUUUGCUUUCUCCCCAAAGAAACAGGUCUCCGUUUGUCUUUUAUUCUCUCUGAAGUGACCUGCGAAAAGAACCGACAAGGUGAAAAGUUUUGUUGAAAUAGAUUUUUCUGUUAGUACAUUAAAUUACAUUAAGCCUAAACUCUAAGGGCUACGAAGUUGAAGUUUGUAUAGAAUCUGAUAAAGCUACCUGUGCUUUUGCUGGCCCUGGAUACACCUACAGGAAUUCCAGUUUUAACCCUGAGAAUGAGUACUUAGCUAGCUAUGUGGGUUAAGAACUACGAUUAAUUGUAAUUACAGUGGGAUAAGAGGUUCACAAAGUUCCGGGAAUCAGCUAGAGGGUAACUGUAAAAAGCAAUCCGCCAACACUGUUCAGCUGGAGAUUUGCAAAGUGUUUUAAAAAAUGUAAUCAUUUACAAUUAAAGGAACUACGCUCCCAACAAAUCAAA